AUAAACGUGUUUCGAAUUAUGUCGUACGUUAAAAAUAAUUAUCACCAUCGCGUCUAAUCAAAAUACAUGUGUCCUUAAGGAGAAUAUUUAAAAAAAAAAAAAAAAAAAUUUGUCGAAACAUUCAAAUUCCUUGGGGAAUAAAAUCGUCCCGAUAAACAACAACAGUGAACACGAAUAAACUAGAAGUGCCUACGAAAAGCAGUAAAAACAUAAGACAUAGACAAUGAAUGCGAAAGAAAUGCAAUCUCUACAAGAAUUCACAAGAGCAGCCAACCCAUGGGAAACAACGAGACUAAGGAUUCGAAGCUGGCGACACUAACAGGAAUAAAUCCAACCUGAGAAUGGGAGUCUAAUUCAAGUCAUCAACCAAUUGUCAUCCCAUUAUCGACAGCUAAAGAAAAAGGCUGUCCCGGGCGCCACCAUGGGAAAUGGUAUGAACAAGGGUUAUUGUACUGUGAAAGGGUUGAAAACGUAGAGUUUUCUUUAUUUCUACCUCGGCAUAUUUAUUUUAUCGAUUUAACAAUCACUGCGACACGACAGACCGUUGGUUUCCAAGAACUGUCUCGUAACGUAACGUACGAGCAUGUCACAGUAGCUGUCACGAGAAAGUUACUUUUGAAACGCUCGCUAUUCCCUGAAAUACAGCAUCGAUUAGACGUCAGUCACUGCUGUGUGUCAAUAUUAUGUCUGGUCGAUUGAACGAUUGCAAGAAUAUUUGAAAAAAGCAAGAGAAAUUGAAAAUAAAGAAUAACGCCUACAGGGCGUCGAUCGAUGACAACACACGACGCUACAAACAGCUUACGUGCUGAUGUAUUAAUUAUUCUAACCCACUUGUCGCUGACUAUCGAUACUGCGCUUGGAACAGCCACAUGCAAGUUCUUGAGGGUACUCGAGUGACCCAGAAAUGAUGUCUAAUAUAAAUAAAUAUUUUAAAAAAAGGGCGGGAAAAAUAAUAUGAGUCGCUGCUGUCAUGAUUGUCGAAGAGCAUAAGUCCACAACGCGAUUUAAUGCAGAUUAAUGGAAUGCAGAAAGGUUGGAAAUAACACAGGGUCAGAGGAACAGGGAUAUGUCAGUUAAAUAAUUUAUAUUUCAUUCGCAACACUCGCCAGCCAAUUUACGCAACUAGAACGAUAUUUCUUUGUCUUCAACGGAGUCAGUUUCAAUAGCUAUUUCAUCAUUGACUUGAUUGGAAUCACCUAACCUUUCUUCCAAUUAUACUGCAGUUCGAGCUGCUUCUAUUACUCUCGUUAAAUAACCGGAUGCAAAUUAAACAGGUUUUACCAGGUCUCUACGUGGGUAACUAUCGUGACAGUAAAGACGCAGCACAGUUGGAACGUUACGAGAUCACGCAUAUCCUGGCCAUUCACGAUGCAGCUCGUCGCCUGCAUUCUGACAAGCACUACCUUUGUAUCCUGGCUGCUGACACACCUGAUCAGAAUCUCUCUCAGUACUUUUCCCUCUGCAACGACUUCAUACACGCAGCUCGACUUCGUGGUGGAAACGUUUUAAUUCACUGUUUAGCAGGAAUGUCGCGUAGCGUAACAGUGGCUGUGGCCUACAUAAUGAGUAUCACGAAUCUGUCUUGGAAAGAGGCGCUAAAAGUGGUGAGAGUGGGUCGUGCUGUGGCGAAUCCCAAUGUUGGAUUUCAGCAGCAACUUCAGGACUUUGAGUCAACUCGUUUGCAGGAGGAAAGACGUCGUCUCAAGGAACGCUUUCCAAGUUUGGCUUUGGCAGCAGCCGAUGCAGAGGCUUGUAGAGCUACCUUAAGGAAUUAUGAGACCCUGGCGUUGGCACGUGAAGUCUGUGAAGGAAAAUGCGCCAUGGGUCGACAAUGCCCUACUGGAUUAUGUCGGCAGCCAUCCAAAAGGACCCUGAGAAGAAAGUCUUCUUCUAGUAGUUCCGGGAGUUUGAGCAUUGGUAGGACACCUCCACAAUCACCCAGGCUAUUACCAUCUGCACCACCUUCACCAGCUCUACCGAGAUCAGCAAGUACCAUCUCAUCUUCACGGCCACGAAGUGGUCCAGCUGGUUUACACUCAUAUACUGGCUCCGCACCACCAUCUAGAGCAGUGUCAAGGGUCGAUCUGUCCUCUGCGGUGGCUUGUAGCAGCAGCAGCACUAAUUUAGCAGCUGUCGGUAGAAGUAUACCGGUAACCGGAAGUAAUUGGAGACUAAGGGCAGGUUCAGCACCAGCUACUCCAAGAGCAACACCUCCAGUAUCUCCACAACAUUGGCCAAGAAGAGCCUCUAACAGACAAAUUGCCCAGCUGCCAAUGCCACCCGAAUCACCAUCAUCGUUGACGUAGCAAAAGGACACGGUUGAUCCUAUUCCACGAUUGACGGAAUCACUCUAGGUUACGGAAGAGGCUCCUACAGGAAUCUCGGAUGAACUUGCUCUACGUACAGUAUUAGAGUUAGAAUUCUACAGUCGUGGAAAGUCUCUGCAUCUCAGUCUGUCUUCUGCUGUAAGAAUUAUUAGUAUGAACAAGUGUUCCAUAACAUUUGACAUUCGUAAUAUUGGCUGAACAAGAAGAUGGCGUCCUGCUUAAGAGAAGCUUGGGAGCUCACGACAAUCCUCAUGGAGUUUUCAAGGAUAGUACACUGGUGGAAAAUGUGUCGUCGCCAGGCGAUUGAAUUUCCUGUUUAGCCGAGUAUGAUUCAAUUACAAAUUAUAACGAAGUUUGAAAGAAUUAAGCUGCCAGUGCGUGUGGCAAUUAUUGGAAAAUGGACAAAUUCACUUACAAUCAGCCAAACCGAUUCAGGCUCAAAUCUUUCAAUUCGAUGACAAAGGUCUCCCUGGAUUCCGGUUUUUGGCUUUGAUUAGAAAACGACGUGAUUUACAUUCUCAAAAUAAAGUGUUCCUUGAGUGGAAGCUCUCGCGAACACAGUACUCAAAGUAUGAUUAAGUCAUACAUGAGGAUAAAGAUUAUCGUAUCAAGAAUACGUAGUGCUAAUUUGAUUAAUUUCCGGUAACCGUCCAGAAUGUCGUUAAGCUUUCAAUUUGAAGCCGCGUGUAUUUCUCCAAUCUGUCAUUGUUAUUCGGUUAGAAAGGGACAUUGUUGCGAGAGAUUUAAAAGGAUUUUAUAAAAUUGUUGACAAGAAACUCUAUAUAUAAUAUAUCCACGUUGCAUAAGGAAAUAAGGAAAGUUAUUGUUGUCUGAUGCACCAGAAGGAAACAGAAAAGUAACAUAAUAAUAAGAAAUUGUCUAUGAAUAAGUAUUAGAGUCUUGAAUUGAUCUUGCUCGUCAAGACUUUAAAAAAUCGAUUUAACACGAUACGUUACCAAGUACCAAAAUGGCUGCAGGACUAAAUACCUAAAAUACGAAUAUAUUCAUGACUCUAACACUCAAAUCAGACACCUGCACCCAUCAUUGAUCAGUUUACAGUCUUUCUAUCCUAUGAAAAAAUCAUGGAAAGUUUCUUCAAUAACACGUUAUGCAGGUCAUGACGUAUAUGCAUACGACAAGCAUGUUUACGGUGCGAUCAUUCGACAGUAUCAAAAAAAAUCUAUUAACCGUUUCACGAAGAAAAAAAAAUACGAUAAAGAGUGACAAAAGAAAUACUGUCGAAAGAUCUUUUCUAUUAUACACAUAGAAAUAAGACAUUAUUACUAACAAUAUAAACUAUUAUAACGACGCUCUACUUUUAUACAAUGUUAAUGCAAAAUGCUGUAGGUAUAUAAUGCCAAGGCUAUUUGUACGAGGACUAAAAAUUUAGAUAGUCCCGGUGUCGUUGCUCCAAUUAUUGAUCAUAUAAAUAUAUGCAUAUACGCGUACAAAGAAAAAUAUUCAACUGACUCCGGUACUGUCUAGAAAAUCGUACCUUAUCGAUAAGCUAAAGUGGUAGAGUAAAUAACGUAGUGGGAUGAACUAUAAGGUAUUUAGAUUUUAUAUGCCUAUAGAAGGAAAACGAAAAACAGAAAAAAUAACAUUUCUCCUUUCUAUUCUUCCUAUCGCAAGGGCAAUCUUAUUAUCAUCAUGGCAUAUUGCUAACGCAUAUUUUUAAGGUAGAGAAAUUCGCAAGACGUGUCAUUACGUUGAAGGAGGAGUUCCUCCUUUGAUUACGUAUGUAUUGUAUGAAUAACGUGAAGCACGAGCUUCUGUUUGUGUAUUCACGUUCUACAGCGCAAUGCAACUGUAUCAUGCAAAUAAUUCAAGAAUGAAUAACAAAAUGUCUCAAGUGGCAACUUGCAAGGCUAUAAGCAAUAACAUAUAUUUAAGCUAUUUGCAUUAAUCAUUAACUGGUAGAUUGAUUUUCGAGAAGGACGUGUAAAAUCGUCUGUUUUAUAUUGUAUUAAUUAUUGUUAUUGCAUUGGGUGAAUUUAUUAAGGUAUGAAAGUACGUUUGGCAUUUAAGUUUAAUUUUUUAUUAGUCAUUUUUUCAAGUCGAAUAUUACAAAAGAGGACAUAAUUAACAUUGUGGCUGUGCAUUGUGAUUUUAUGCUAUAAUGGGUCGCGGUCGUCUUUGACUAUUUGAUUAAUGGUCGUAGUCCUCUUGCGAGUAAUUAAAACUUUCUUUAAUGCGAAAUUGUAAGAAUUCUCGUUGAGGCGUUAGUAUGCUUUCUUUUUAUUGUCUUUUGAUUUUUUUAUAUUCAUCUUGUACGAAGACCAGCCGCGAUCCGUCAAGGUUUAAAGAUGGAUAUCAUUCCUUGUUAUCAUAAUCUGUAUAAAGUAAUCAUAGGUGAACACAGAUGCACCAAUUAGGUACGUGUGCAGUAUUUUUGAUACAUCUGAAUUGAUCUGUGAUGCGUACUAAAUGCAAUGCGAAUCAUAUCAUUUAUGCUUUGUGUAAAUUUUCUGUACGAAAUGGCUAGCGGUGGUUAAGUCCGCUUUGCCAAAAAUUGCACUGCAGAGAAGAGAUACAGUCGGUGAUUGUCGACAGUGAAAAUUUUUAAGUCAUAAGGGUCAAAGAGUUGGGAAUAAAUUAGUAAACGAUACUUCGAAUAACUUUGCUCUAGAUUAGUAUUAUACUAUAUUCAGUUUUCUAUAUCUUGCUUGACGUAGAAAACUGAAAGUGAACGUGGCCGUUUAGUUGAUUGAAGGACUUGGGAUAAGGAUGAAUUAAAUAAAAGAAAUAAUAUAUGAUUAGGAUACUAAUUAUUAUUUGGAUUUGUAAAAGGGAAGAGAAGCAAAACGGUCAGCUGCGAGGACGAAAAUAUUUUUCUUCAACAGCGGAGCGAAAACGCUCGUUUUCGCUCUGCUCGGGAGAAGCGAAAACGGGCAAUUCUCGAAUGGGGAAACGUGAAAGAUUGAAAAAUUGAAUAGGAGUGAAGUGACAUUUGCCGACCAAUCCAACGGCCAGCUACCACCGGGGCAAUUGUUUUUUUCACGUCAGCUGUAGGAUGCACAGAUGUUUCAUUGUGAUUUCCUAAGUUACCAAACUAACCUGGUUAUUUGCACCGACCAAAGAAUCACCCGCUACGUGAAAACUCGCGUUCGCUCCGCUUUUGAAGAAAAUAGUAUGUAAACCGGGAGAGAAAACGGGCGUUUGUGCCUUGUAUAAAGUCGAGAACCAUUCGACUUCGCCUCGGGAACCUCAACUUUAUACGCGGCGCAGAAACGCCCGUUUUCGCUCUCAGUGUACAAUAUACUAUUGAACGAAAAUGUUGCGAGCAACGUUUAAUUGGAAAUACAUAUAUUGCUUUAAGGUGAAUAGAUGAUAGUGGGAAAUGAAGAAUAAGGUCGAAAGCCGUUCGCAACAUUUUCUUCGAAAAUAUUAAUAUUGAAGAUUGCGAAAUAUCCCUCCUACACUUCCGAUUAGGCACUAUGACGUAGAUUUUCGAAAAUUCUGUACCUGAUUGUUGUCUAAUAUUCUAUCAUGCGUAAUCUAAUCUUGAGUUGAUGAUAUGUUUGGACCAUACUUUCUUACCACGAAUAAUGCUGUUCUAAUUGGAGAUAAUUAAUGAGAAAAAACUUUGUCUUACGUUAUUGGAUUAAUUAAAUGGUCUGCCCAUGACUAUGUCGCACCAAACAUAAUAAAAAUGUUAAUAAAUAUUUGUUCUAUUAAUGUA